AUGCGGGCAUUGCACAAAUCCAAAAGGGUAUCUUGGCCACCAGAUUUUAAACUUUGUCAGGUACGGCUGUUCAUAUCAGAGGAUUCACCUUCACAAGUUGGAUCAGAAUCUCAAGAUCACCUGCAAGCAAAGUCCUCAUGGCAUUCACAUCCGAGUGAUGAUAAUCUUCCACCUGGUUUUGGUGGACCUCUUUCUGCCAAUGAGCCACAGAUUAAGUUAUCAGACAUCCCAGUAAUCAAGUGGAAAUGCCCUGUCCGGAUUCUGCUAGACGAGGAAUGGAGAGUGGUUGCAGGGGAAGAAAGCAAAGAAGUGGAGUCACAAAAUCAGAGGGAACUGAGAGUUCUUGAAGCAUUCUAUCCUGGUGCAUCAGCUAUCCCCCCCAACCCUUCGGUUCUAGCAGAUGUUGAAAACUCACGAAACGAUGAUCAGCAAACCGUUGUCAUACCCAUCCUACCUGUAGAAGACGAUGACAUAGCGAAUGAUCCAGCAUCUGAUUUCCCAACCCAAUCUGGUGUAAAUGUUGGAACAGAGCCGUCGACAACCGAUGUGAAUUCACCAACACCUACACCUUCAACGACCCUUCCUGCAGGCUCAGAAAUAAUGGCUGCAUUAUCCGCAAUCUCAAACAGCAAAGAACAAGGCAGCAGCAUGAUCGACCAAGACCUUCUUCUUAAAAUCCUAAGCAACCCUAAGUUGGUCGAGAAUCUUGUUACAAACCGCGGCGGUGCAAGUUCAUUCUCCUCCAACGCAAGUAACCUCUACCAAUCUUCAACGCAUGACUCUAACGGAGUAGUAACCACAGCACCUGCCUCCUCAAACGGACACUUUUACCCUCAGCCAACGGUAAACCAUAUUCCUCCCGUGGUGUAUCCUCCUCCAGUGCCGUCAGACCAGCUCAACUAUGGAGCACCACCACCAGCAAGAGAUGCUAGUUAUUACAAGAACCUGAUUCAGCAACAUGGCGGGGAAAGACAAGAGCAGCCGCCGCCGCUGCCAGUUCAACAACAUCCCGGUGGUUAUCGGUACAACCUCCAACCUGGAGGACCUAACCCUGAGAUGGUAAAUAGCAAUAACAAUAUUAACCAGAGGCCAAGGGAUUCAAAGCCCAAGAUGAUGAAACCUUGCUUGUACUUCAACACCCCGAGGGGUUGUCGCCAUGGAGCCAACUGUUCAUUCCAGCACGAUCCUACACCUUCUUACCAGCCGAGGAAUCUAAACAAUGGUAACAUGAACGGUCCCGAGAUGCAAAGUGCAAAAAGAAUGAGAUUUGACAGGGACUGA